CUUUUGGAAUGUGUGGAUUGUAAGUCCAUUCCCAAUUUCAGUAUAAAAGCAGGAGACACAAUUUGGAGACGGAUACAUAAAAGUAAAGUUUAACGCCAUACAUGGAACUAUUUUUAACGACUUGGUUGCGAAUAUCUGGAGUAAAUAUGAGAAUCUACGUAAAAUUUGUGAUGGUGGGGAUUCUGCUGAAAGUUGCGUUGUUGGAGAAAGUGGAUUGUUCGCAGCAUAAUAUUCCGUUUGCUGAUGAGAGUUUUAGGAGGCUGCAAUCUGGAGAGAAUUCGGAGGAAGUGGUGAAUCAGUGUUGUAAAAGAGAACCACAUUUUGUUACGGUCGGAUAUGGCGGAGAUGGAACCCAGCUUCGAGUUGAUGUCGGAACUUGUCGACAAGUUUGCGACAAGACGCCACCACGACCGUUGAAAAGGGACCAGUUUGAUAGAUAUUUGAAGAAAUAUCCGAAUAUGGAUCCGGUUCAGAUAUUUCUCGCCCUCCAGUCUCGCAUUGCCUCCACCAACUCAACUUCUAUCUCGUCGCCCGAGGAGAAUCAUGACGACGUGGAUGUCGACUCUGACGAAAUUAUUCUUCCAACUCCAACCUUAUCCAGAUUGUCCAGCGCCACAACUUCGACCGCAUCUUGCCUUUCUGACGCCACCGUGUGCCGCCCCACCUUGACCCGUCGAGAACGGCACUUCGGUUUGGGUGGGGUCUACCAUGAAGUGGAAGUUAUUGAGACAUGCGACUGUGUCCCGCUCUCUGGAGGGGACGGCUGCGAAAAACUGUCGCGACCAAUUCGUCUCCAUAGCGACACACCGUUCGAGACUGUUGUCGACAUGGGAGAAUGUGUGGGACGUUGCGACCAGGGAAGUGGGUCACCAUCGUCAUGCCGUCCUGUGAGGAAUAAAACUAAGAGUGUCGAGGGUCCAAAUGGCGUUGAAUGCAUGCAGGUUAUCGAGGAGUGUGCCUGCACCGGUGGGUGCUACCGAGUCAAAGAGUUUUUCAAAGUUUUUGAUUAUUCUCACAUCCAUUCGCUUCGAAACAGUAGUGGAACAUCGUCCCCGGCAUCGUUAUUAGAUGAAGACAAUCUAAUUCCCAGUCUUAGCUCGAACUCGGUCACAACGUCACCACCCCCACUUUCCUCUACGAGAGGAGGAGGAGGAGAACCAUUGACAAAGUUGAUUGAUAUUGGGCGUUGCGAGGGCAGCUGUUUUAUCGGGAAACAGGGUCAGGUCGCCGUGACCUCGAAAUGUCUGCUUUGGUCGUCCAGUGGGAGCCGGUGUUUGUCCUCGUUGUACGGGGGCCAGUCUUCCUGUGCCCCCACGAAACUGCACACGCACUCCUACACGGACAAAAAGGGGCAUAACCACUCCCUCUAUGCCGUCUUGUCGUGUGGGUGUCAGUGAAAAAAACUGUCAUGUAAUAAAAAUCCAUUUCAAAAAAACUGCAUAAUUUUUAAUAAAAAACAUUUUCAA